AUGGUGAGCGAUCCCGUGGAAGGGAAGGAAGACAUUUUCCCCCCCUUACCACCCACAGUGGUGGCUUUGUUACAGUCCACCCGGGUCUGCCAUUUGAGCACUGCCAGCACGGAUGGUCUCCCUCAUUUGUCCUUGAUGCGCUUCACCUACCGGAGGGAGGAAGAAGUGAUAAUCAUGACGACGCGCACGGACACGAAGAAGUACGAAUUGUUGUGUUCCAUGCCCAAAGUGGCGGUCUUAGGUGAGAAGGGAGGAGGAGUGGGAGGGAACGAGGACGGAGGAGAAGGAGGAAGCAAGAGGCCACAUCGACAUGAAAAGGAGGAUGGAAAGGGCGGCGGAGGCAAAGGGAAAGAAGGCGGUGACGGAGACGGACACACCUACGCGAUCACCCUGAACGGCGUAGCCCGAAUGGAGACAGGGGAGGAAGCGGAACGUUACCGAUCGUUACAUUUGAAAAAUAACGUCGCCUACUCGCAGUUCAUCGAGGGCCCCGGCAUAGCAGUCUUUACGGUGCACGUAAUGAGCGCCCGGAUUUGCAACGUGAAGGACCGGGUGACCUACUGGGAUAAGCGCACGGCGACGGUAGAGGAAGGGGUUAGGAGGGAGGAGAAGGGGGAGGGGAGAGGAAAGAGACAAGAGGAGUGA